UGCUGUCCUGUACCCCAUGCUGUACCCCAUGAAGAUCACGGGGAACCGAGCUGUGAUGGCGCUUGUCUACAUCUGGCUCCAUUCCCUCAUCGGCUGCCUGCCCCCUCUGUUCGGUUGGUCAUCGGUGGAGUUUGACGAGUUCAAGUGGAUGUGUGUGGCGGCGUGGCACCGGGAGCCUGGCUACACGGCCUUCUGGCAGAUCUGGUGUGCCCUGUUCCCCUUUCUGGUCAUGCUGGUGUGCUACGGCUUCAUAUUCCGCGUGGCCAGGGUCAAGGCUCGCAAGGUGCACUGCGGCGCGGUGGUCAUCGUGGAGGAGGACGCCCAGAGGGGUGGGAGGAAGAACUCCAGCACCUCCACCUCCUCCUCCGGCAGCAGGAGGAAUGCCUUUCAGGGCGUGGUCUAUUCGGCCAACCAGUGCAAAGCCCUCAUCACCAUCCUGGUGGUCCUCGGGGCCUUCAUGGUCACCUGGGGCCCCUACAUGCUUGUCAUCACCUCCGAGGCCCUUUGGGGGAAGAACUAUGUCUCCCCGACCCUGGAGACCUGGGCCACGUGGCUGUCCUUUACCAGCGCCAUCUGCCACCCCCUGAUCUAUGGGCUCUGGAACAAGACAGUUCGCAAGGAGCUGCUGGGCCUGUGCUUUGGGGAUCGGUACCACCGGGAGCCAUUCGUGCCGCGGCAGAGGGCUUCUAGGCUCUUCAGCAUUUCCAAUAGGAUCACUGGUAACUUGGGAACCUGCUGGGAAAGGGGUGCCCACCUCAGCCAGGAAUAG